ACGCGGCGCAGACCAAGCCCACCCCAAUAUGGCGCUGCUCGCCGCCGCGGCACGCCGCCACCACCGCCUGCUCCUCCGCACCCGCUUUCUCGCCACCACUUCCUCCACAUACCCUCUCCCUCCCGACCCCGUCCCAGACCCCGACCCCGACCCCAUCACCCCCGCGCCGUCCCCCGUCCGCACUCCCCCGGACGAGCAGUUCGCGGCGUGGGUGACGCGGCUGCGCCCGGGCUUUACCGCGUCCGAUCUCGCCGCGGCUAUCACCGCCGAGGAGGACCCGGACCUCGCGCUCGCGCUCUUCCGAUGGGCCGCGCUGCGCCCGGGGUUCCGGCACGCGCCCGAAUCCUACCUCGCCGCGCUCACCGCGGCCUCGUCUGGCCGCCGCCCCGCCGCGGCCGAGGCCCUCGUCCACGACGUCUUCGCGGGGGCCUGCGCGCCCGACCUCAGGCUCUUCAACGCCUGCCUCCGCUUCUGCUGCGCGCGCCGCAGCCUGUUCCAGCUCGCCUUCGACAUGUUCAACAAGAUGCGCGCCAUGCCCGCCGCCGCAGGGUGCCGCCCGGACGUCGAGACCUACACGCUCCUCCUCACCGCAGUCGUCCGCCGCGUGCGCCGCCCGCCGGCGUCGAUGGUCUACCUCCACGCCGUCCGGUCCCUCUACCGCCAGAUGAAGGCCUCCGGCGUGGUUCCGGACACCUUCCUGCUCAACCUCAUCAUCAAGGCCUACGCGCGGUGCGUGGAGGUAGACGAGGCGCUCAAGGUGUUCCGUGAAAUGCCGCUGUACGGCUGUGAACCCAACGAGUUCACGUACGGCUACAUUGUGAAGGCCAUGUUUCAGAAGGGCAGGUCGGACAAGGGGAUGGAGUACUUUGCAGAGAUGAGGGAGAAGGGGUUUGUACCAUCCGGAGGCGUGUACAUGAUCGCCGUGUCGGCGCUGGCAUUGGAGUGGAGGUUUGACGAAUCAAGGCGGGUGCUGCUGGAUAUGCUGGAUUGUGGUAGGAAGCCAGAUAUGAUCACCUACAGGACGCUGCUGGAGGAGAUGUGCCGGGCUGGACGCACGGAGGAGGCAUUUGAUGUGCUGGAGGAGCUGAAAGGGAGGAAGCGAGGGACAUUGGACCAGAGGAUGUAUUCAGAAUUGCUCGAUGGGCUGCACUGGAUCUCCCAGCCUCGUCAAAACAACAGCCAACCUGCGCUCGAUAAGGGUUCUGAUGAUUGAAAAAUGUUCAACGUAUUGUCUUGUAUUAUUGUGGCACUGAUGGUCAUCCAAAAUCAAAUGCAUGGCUGGUUUUAGUUGAGAAGACUGGCUGGAUCUGCUUGAAGAUUCACUAUGAAUUGAUGUAAAUGAGUCACCCAUCUCACAUUAGCGCUACACAAGCAUGAUUGAUGCACGACCCAAGGUUCAAAGAAUACCUUAUGGGAGGUAUGGCAUCAAAAUUCUCAUGGUAUACUGAUUUCAUUAUUACUACAAGUUGCGGUGGGCACUGUCGGGACAGCAGCUCACUUUCAAUGGCAACAUUUGAAGUAAUUCCUGGCGCAGCCAUUCAUGAAAAUUGCUUUAGGUAUCACAUGUGACAAACGGCUGCAUACAAUUGCAGUGGUUUACGUUUAGCUCAUAAAGUGCAAAACUGGAAUGGUUCUUAUAUGUUUCUUGGAGUUAUGUUUGUCUAGUUUCUGUGUUGUAAUUUAAAAUAAAAAAUCUUGUAGCCUGGAUUUAUGGACAUGUUUUGUAGGGUGGCCAGGUCUGUAGGCAGGCUUCAAUUAUGC